AUGAAUGAAUGCAAAAAGAUGUUCGAGGCGAAUAACCUUCAUUUUCCAGAUGAUUUUUAUCAUCUUCCUGAUUGUAUAAAUGUUAUUCCUAUUCAAACAAUUUCUUCUACUUUAGUUUUUGUAAAGUCAACGAAUCAACAAGUCAAUCUUAAUACAAAUAACUCUCAAUUUAAUUCAUUCGUAACUCCUCAACCAUUUGGACUACAACAAAAAACAAAUACUGUAGCUGACAUUUCAGUCCCUGCUAACCCAAGUACUUUUAAACAAAUCCAAAUGGAAGAAGAACCAAUUUCUCAAAUGUCAGAUUUACAACAAACUAUUCUAAAUGGACCUACUUUAGGCAUACCAGAAACAAGGUUCACGGAAAUUGAAAAACCUGCUGUAGAAAUGAAAUAUAUAAAUCCAGUUAAUGGAGAAAAAUUUGACCCAACUGAUAUUGAUAAAAACCAUUUUAAAGAAAUACUUACCAGUAGUUUUAUUCAAUCAAAAAAGAAUUUAACAUCUGUUCAACCAAAAUACCCCGUGUCUCAACAACCAGUUGGUUUAUUAAAUGAAAAAACUCCUAAAUACUCUCCAAAGACAUCUCCUAGUACUUAUAAAAAUACAUCAAACAUGGAGCUUUCUCCUGCUAUUCAAAAAAAAUAUCCUAAACUUGCAAAACCAAAUCAACCACUCGGAAGUCCAAGUCAACUAACUCGAAAUGGUCUUACUAAUUCGCCAUAUGGAACACAUAAAAAAUUAUAUCAACAAGCAUCUUCUCCAGUAUUAUCUCCUAUUGGAAAACCACAAAUACAAACUUCAGGAUCAACACAAGUUAAACCAAAUACAAUGAUAAGUAUUGAAGAAAAAUUUAAAAGAAUUAAUUCACAACACAAUACUACACCAAUUCCUACUGUUAAAUCAUCUCAUUCAAUCAGAGAUGACUUUAAUUUUUCUAAGCCACAAAAUUCAUCAAGACCACCAAAAACUGCUCAAGCAAUGAUAGAAGAAAAGAAAGAACAACCAAGUUAUCCAAUUAGUGAUUAUUAUAACAGUGAUGAAGAUGCUCGUUCUCGUAAUAGAAAAGCUAAAGCGUGUUUACAAAUGGAUUGGACAAAAAAAGGUAAUUUAACACCAUUAAUAAAUAGAGCAGACGGUGAUGAUCCAGCAAGAAUUUUCCAAAUGGCACCAAUUGUUAUAGGAGAUGAAACAGAAUUUAUUGGAGAUUCUGCUAAGCAACAACAAAGAAGAAAUAGAUCAAUGGCUUGGAAAUAA